ACUAACUCACUUGAUUAACUUGUACUCGAAAACCAUAACAAAGGCAAAUCGUUAAGCUAUAUAAGUACUAUAUUCCCUAGAGCAAUCGAUACCGCAACCAAAAAAUAAAAAAUAAAACGAAAUCGAAACCAAAAACAAAUAAUCGUUAAUCGAUAACGCAACUGUAAAUGUAAAUUUAACUGCAACUGAAAUCGAUCAUGAUUUAGGCAGGCGCUCCAAACAAAGUUCAAAGCAUCUAAAUAUUUAUAUAUAUACAUAUAAUAGAGAUAUAUAUUUGUAUAUAUAUAGAGAUAUUUCCAAAAUAUUUUAGUUUAACUUAGUAGUUUGUAAUUGCAAACAAGUCCAAAAUGUGUGUGUUUUGAGCAGUUUUGAGAGUAUGUAUUUUUGGUAAGCACAACACGCCUUUUCAAAUUCGAUAAAAAUUGAGGAAAAACACAACAAGAAACAAGUAUCACAACAACAACAAUGACAAGAGAGAACUAUCAAUUCUAAUAAAUCCAAGCGCAAUAAUACAAAGACAGAGAGACCGACAAAAACAACAAGAGGUGUCGUGUGGACGCAACAGCAACAGUUAGCGGACGAGCAGCUGUUGAAUGAUGUUAGACAUUAAGAAAACCAGAGGAUUCCAUAAGAUUCCAGCGUCCAAAGUGCAGCGUGAGGCAGCGACAGCAGACAACAAUCAACAACAGCAGCAGCAACAAAGAGGCAACAACAUCAGUCAACAGCAACAACAACAACAAUCACAGACGAUCACACGUCACGUCAAAGGAAACAAAUCCAGCUCAGGAGGAGGCGGAGGAGCGGCAGCAGCUGCUGUUCCAAAGCAAUCGAUUGUCAAUAGAAGUACCGCUGCUUGCAGCAACGCACGUGCAACAGCAACAACUGCCACAGCUGCCACAACUGGCAACAGCAGCAACAAUCCGGUGCGUGCGGCAAAUCAACGUUAUUUUCUGGUGUCCAGCUACAAGGAUCCCAGCUUUCUUAAGGCCGAGUGCGAGUUGGCCCAUGCACAGGUGACACUAAACACCAAGUCACAACGCAAGCGCAACAACAACAGCAACAACGAUCACAAAAACAACAAUCAAAGCAACAACAAACAAACAGCAGCUGGAAUUGGAUUGAAUGACAUGCGUCGACCGACGACGCUUAAUGGCAAUCAAACGGCCGGCAACAGCAGCAGCAGUAGCAACAGCAACAUCAACAGUAGCAGCAGAACAGCAGCAGCAGCAACAACCACAACUACAACAACAGCAAUAGCUAAUAACACAACCGUCCACAGGAUUGAUAUCAGAUAUAGUCAUAACCAUAGUCAUAGCCAUAAUAAUAGCAAGACAAAGGCAACAGUUGCUGCCGCAGCAACCGCAGCAACAACAACAGCAGCAACUGCUGGACGUGGCGUUGUGGCUGGUGGUAAGCUAAAGCCGCUGAUGCUGCAGUGCAACAACAAUCACAACGCUAUGAAUAGUCACAGUAGCUACAACAAUAAUAACAAUAACAACAGCAGCAGUAACAACAGCAACAGCAAUAAUAUCAGCAGCAUCAGCAACAACAACAGCAACAGCAUGCAACGGCAGCAGCAAGCACAACAACAACAGCAACAACAGCAACAACAACAACAACACGAUGACAUUAGCUAUAUUGAUAGCGACGAUACGCCGCCGGCAACAGCUGCUGGCACAACAGCAGCAGCAACAGCAACAUCAAGCCAAAAGGUGACCAACAUCUGUUACUUUAAGCCCAUAACGCCGCCAUUGCAGCUGCGCAAUCAGCAACAAUUGGCCAACAACGGCAGCAAUAAUGAUAAGCCAAUUGGACAACGUUCGGUGCGUCCCAAAUCCACAAUCAUCUCCUCGACAAAUUCCAACUUUGCCGCUAGCUACGAGAAGUUCAAUAGCUAUAAGCACACGAAUGGCGAGCAGCGGCCCAAGGAAAGAGAUCGGGAGCGGGAAAGGGAACGUGAAAGAGAACGGGAUCGAGAUCGAGAUCGGGAUCGGGAGAGCAGCAAUGCACGUCGCUAUGGCAUCGAUUCGUUAAGCAUUAAGGCGUCCAUUGAAAAAUUUAAUAAUCUCAGCGAGCAGAAGCGACUGCCGACGCCAAUGCGCAGCAGCAAUGCAACAGCAACAACCGGCACGACAGCAACAACAGCAGCAGCAACAUCAGCAGUAGCAGCAGCAGCAGCCGCAGGAGCAACAUCAGCUGGCAGCAGCAGCAAUCUGCAGCAACGUUACUGCAGCAGCGAUUUGGAUAAUGCAAGGAUUGCUGCCGGAUAUAGCAGCUCAUUGACACGGGCCGGAUAUCGUACAUGCGCUAGCAACAACACCACCACCACCAACAACACCAACUCGACAACAGUGACAGCGAUGACAACGAUGACAGCUCUGGCGCCCAUCGGCAAAUCGGCCAAUCGCAUUGGCCAUGGUCUUUUGGCCAAGGCAACGAACAGCAGCGGGACAACAGCAACAACAACAACAACAGCAAAUGCAGAUUGUACGAUUGGCAGUGUGUCGUCGUCAACAUCGUCGUCAUCCAGCAACCAUAAGGCGUCACGCAACGCCACAAGCAGCUCACGCUCAGUGCUGCCACCUGUCUCGCCGACAUCCAACCGCUACUGGGAUCGGGACAGCAUCCGGAGCAACAGCAAUGCCACAACUUCUUCUUCCAUUGGCUCAUCGUCGCUUAGCAAUAAGCACAAUAGCGUCGACGAAGGCUACAAGAGCUCCCGUGACGAGAAGUUCGAGGGUCUAUGCGGUCUGAGGAAUAUCGGAAACACUUGCUUCAUGAACUCGGUCAUUCAAUGUCUGAGUCACACGACUGAGCUGACGCGCUUCCUGCGCACACAUCACACCAGCACACGCUCGACAACCUCCAAGGAUCAACAGAUAUUACACGAAUUUGCCAAGCUCAUACAGGAAAUGUGGACGACAAAUGUGCACAGCGUUACUCCCAUGGAACUGAAGCGAGCCUUCUCGACGAAACAUCGAAUGUACAGUGAUUACAAUCAACAGGAUGCGCAGGAGUUUCUGCGCUUCUUCCUAGACUCGCUGCACUCGGCGCUCAAUUCGGGCGUCAAAGGCGAGACUCUGAACAUUGAUGAUAACCUCAGUGACAACAAGAAGGCGGAUCUGACCUGGGAGUGGUAUGCGCGGCACGAAAAUUCCCUCAUCCGUGAUCUAUUUGUCGGCCAGUUAAAGAGCACACUAAAGUGCACGAAUUGCGGCAAUACGAGUGUAACCUUUGACCCCUUUUGGGAUCUGAGUGUGCCGCUGCCGUCGUCAUCACGCUGUAAACUGGAGGCUUGCUUGGACUUAUUUAUACGCGAGGAAGUGCUGGAUGGCGAUGAGAUGCCCACAUGCUCCAAGUGCAAGACGCGACGAAAAUGCACGAAAAGUUUCACGAUUCAGCGUUUCCCCAAAUAUUUGGUUAUACAUCUGAAACGGUUCUCAGAAACACGCUGGAGCAAACUGUCGAAUAUUGUUGAGUUUCCCACAUCGGAUCGAGAGCUUAACAUGGCCUCAUAUGGCGCCAAUUCAAACUCGAAUGUGCAUUAUUCGCUUUAUGCGAUCUCCAAUCAUAUGGGCUCAACGGCUGGUGGACAUUAUGUGGCUCUUUGUAAGCAUCCGGUCUCACACAAGUGGCACGAAUUCAAUGAUAAUAGCGUCAGCGAUGCUAUACCUGAAAACUGUCUCGUUUCAUCCAGUGCCUAUAUAUUAUUCUACGAACGAGCGUAAAACUAACUCCAAACAAAUGCAAAAAGAGAAUCGGGCUGUAGCUGAACAAGUCAAAGGAACAUAUUAACAACGACAACAACAGAAACAACAGCAACAUUAAACACCACCAACAAAUCGCAACCACAACUGGAAUAAAGUGCAAAAGUGCAAACAACAACAACAACAAAAAUAACACCAAUAACAUCAAGAAAGUCGUACACCUUAGAAAAUGUUUUUGUAAAAUUACUGCAAUUGUGCAAUAUGUGCGUAAAUUUAUGAUCAACUAUUUACUAACUCUUAACUCAACUCGAAACCAAAUAGAAUGACUACAACAAAUGGAUAAUUGGACGACGGUGGAAGCUAAUGAUGUAUAUAAACGAUGUCUAACCAUUAACUGAAACCGACAACAGGAGCAUGCGAGAUGCAUAAAAGUAUACAUUAAAGAAAAAUAAAAAUAAUUGUAACAAUUUGUGCAACAUAGCUUUCGGCAAGCCAAGAACAUAACCGAGGGAAAGAGCAGCACAACAACAAUAAGAACAACAAUUCAACACUAUAAAACGAAAUUGAGCAAAAUUGUUACUUGCACUUCUCUUGCAUAUAUAUUUUAGUAUGUUGUAUAAGCGUCAUGAACCCAAUUUCGAUCCAUCUUUAGAACAAACACACAAAACACAUUGGAUCACGUAUAUACUUAUACUUAAAACGAGAAAAAAAAGAUGUAUCUAUAUGAUUGACAAUGAUAUAUGUAUAUGUAUGUCUGAAUUUUAAAUCACAGUCAAUACAAACUAAAAUGAAAAAGAAUAAAUCAAUAGUUUUCCACAGUUUGGUUUGCCGAAAGCCGUGUCAAGUGGUUGUGGAUAAAGAAACUAAAUUAAAAGCAAAAAAAAAGCAACAAAUCGAUAACGUAAGCAAACAAUGUAUUGAACAAAAGCUAAUUUAAAACUAACGAUAACUUGUGCAAUGUAUAUCAGUAUAUAUUUCAUAAAGAGGACAAAUGAUAAAUCAACAAUAAUGCAAAAGAGAACAAAAAGGGGGAAUAACAUUAAAAGAAAAAACAUACACAUAGAUACCCAAAAACAAAAACACACCCUCACACAUUCUAAAUGAGAUAAAAUGUGAAAAAAUCGCAAGAAACAUUAUUACAU